AUGCAAACACGUCUUGUUAUUCUAUUGUUUUUGGUAACAUCGACAAUUGGAGGUCAGCAUGAACGACGUUUGUUGAAACAUCUCUUCAUUAAGCAACAGCAUGAUCCACUUGAACGGCCAACUAAAAAUGACUCAGAAAGUGUUUCUGUUCAUUUAGCGUUCAGUUUUAUAAAUCUCAUCGACUUUGAUAUAAAGAAUAACGUACUUAUUACUAAAUUCUGGAUGACUCAAACAUGGCAAGAUUAUAGUAUGACAUGGAAGCCGCAGUUGUAUGGUAAUAUUGAUGCAAUACGGAUACCGACUACAAAAAUUUGGCUACCAGAUAUUGUUCUGUACAACAGUGUUGAUGAAAACUAUGACAAUUACAUGAAAACUAAUGCAGUUGUUGCACAUACUGGACAAAUUCUAUAUGUUUCACCGAGAAUAUUCAAGUCAACAUGUUCAUUCAACACUUCGUCGUUCCAAAUUGUAAGAAUCAACAUAACAACAUCAACCAACACAAUUGAUUUGAGUUCGUAUGUCAUCAAUAACAAAUGGAAGCUAAUAGAUUCUUACAUGACGCUUAAUGAAGUGAAGUAUGAGUGCUGUCCUCAGGCGUAUCUAUCCGUCGUGUUAACUAUUAAAAUUCGUCGAGUACUUGAUGACUUUCCUAUAAAUAUCAAUGGUACUGAAAACGAAGAUAAAUAA